GUUAUCGCGAGCAAACCCAUAGCGAGUUACAAGACGAUGAGAUCGACCCCUUGCUCGCUUCCCCUCCCGCCGGCAUCGCUCGCUCAUCCACGAACCUUCUCAUCCCUCUUAAUCUCCUCCUCUUCCAGAUCCACUAGCCUCAGCAUCUUCGUCGACAAUCACAGACGGCAACUUGUCGGAGACGACGACGGCACCGGCAUCUCGCACCACCUCCGGAAUCUUCUUCUUCGGACCGUUGCCGGAGCCCUUUCCUUGUCCCUGGUGGUCUCGCCUGCCUUCGGCCUCGCGGACCCCUCCCCCGCCCUCUGCCGCGAGGAAGACGGCGUGGUGGACCAUGCGGAAGUGAGGCCGGAGUCCAUCACGAACAAGGGGCUCGUGGAGGAGGCGUGGGAGGUCGUCAAUGAGAGCUUCCUUCCAGAUGCCGGAGGCCGGACUUGGUCCCAAGAGAAUUGGAUGCAAAAGAAGCAGGACUUCCUUAGUAGCAGAAUACAAACAAGAUCUAGAGCUCAUGAUAUCAUCAAGAAAAUGUUGGCUACCUUGGGUGACCCGUACACUCGGUUUCUCUCUCCAACAGAAUUCUCAAAGAUGGCAAAGUACGAUGUUACUGGGAUUGGAAUAAAUCUGAGGGAAGUCCCUGAUGAUAACAGCAAUGUGAAACUGAAAGUGUUGGGAAUUAUACUAGAUGGCCCUGCUUAUUCUGCUGGAGUGAGACAGGGGGACGAGCUAUUGUCAGUUAAUGGCGUAGAUGUUAGAGGGAAAUCAGCAUUCGAUGUUUCCUCCCUGCUACAAGGUCCACAGGAAACAUUUGUUGUGAUUAAGGUUAAACAUGGAAAUUGUGGCCCCAUACAGUCUAUGAAAAUUGAGAGGCAACUUGUAGCCCAUUCUCCUAUUUUCUAUCGGCUGGAAAAAUUGGAAGCUGGAGACAUCUCAGUUGGAUACAUACGCAUAAAAGAAUUCAAUGCCCUGGCAAAGAAAGAUUUGGUGAUAGCACUAAAACGACUCAAAGAUGCUGGUGCAUCAUAUUUCAUUUUGGACCUUAAGGAUAAUCUUGGUGGUCUAGUGCAGGCUGGAAUUGAGGUUGCUAAGCUGUUCUUAAAUAAAGGAGAAAUGGUCAUCCAUACAGUCGGCAGGGAUCCUGAAAUCCAGAAGAGUAUUGUUGCAGAAAACACACCCUUUAUUGCUAGUCCUCUCAUCGUCCUGGUUAAUCACAGAACUGCAAGUGCAAGUGAAAUUGUCACUACAGCGCUUCAUGACAACUGCAAAGCUGUUCUUGUGGGAGAAAAGACUUUUGGCAAGGGAUUAAUUCAAUCUGUUUACGAGCUUCAUGAUGGAUCUGGUGUGGUUGUCACCGUAGGAAAGUACGUCACACCCAAGAACAAGGACAUCAAUGGAAAUGGAGUAGAACCUGAUUUCCAGCGCCUUCCAGCUUUAAAUGAGGUGAUCAGUUAUCUUUCACAGUGCCAUAUCGAAGGCAAAAGUUGAAAUAGCAGUUUUAGCAAAGGUGGCUAAUUAUCUUUCAAAGUGAAGGGCCAUCAACACAACAUCAUUCGACUUAUUUCAUGUGAUCUAAAAUGUAUCAGUAGAUAACCAUGGCUUUGCAGUUUGCUCUUCCUCUUUCUGACACUGAUGCUACUAUCAAAUUUUCUCCGGUGGAUUAUCUCUGGUGAUAGCAAUGUAAUGUUCAAGUCCAAAUGUCCAACGAAAAAAAUUAUAUUUCAAUUUUAACCUCCCUAUUAAUAAGCCUCCCAUGUUUCUAAAGGCUUGACUUUGAUAGUUAAAUUGUUUUGUCUCAGUCACAAAUCUCCUAGUAAGAUUGCCCAACUUAUCAUUGAUAGACUCCUCUUCCUCCUCAUGUUUAAGGAGUGCUUAUAUUCGCUCCUCCCCACCCUACCCGAACAACUCAAAUCACUUUGAUUCCUGCUGAGGUUGAGUACUUCAAUUGGAUGGUAAAUUGACAACUUUUCACUUGCUCAAGAUUGAUCUUCCUCUGAUUAUAGCAUUGCAUUGUUUCUAGUUUCUACCACUAAGAACUUAACUUGCAUAUUUUGAAUAAAUGCUUCACUUCUCACAUUUACAGGUGAGAGAAUCGUCCCGAUGGUUCUUACUUCAUUUCUAGUGAAGCAAUUAGUGAAAUUUUCUCAACAUCGAUAUCACCCAUCUUCAAUAGAAUGCUAAAUAAUUUGUAAUCUAGAAUCAAUUUACAAGGGCACCUUGUGAUACAAGCCAUGCGUCUUUCUCAGUGAACAAAGUCAAGUCAUUUUUUAAACAUCAGCCUUACCAAUUAGUUGAUUCAAAGGCACUAAAUUUUACCAAUUUUGCCCCGGGCUUCGUGUGUGGUGGUAAGAAGUAGGGUGCAUUUUCAAGCAAUUAGGGUUUAGUUCCCACUGGUGAUGCUGGUCGCCACAUUAAGAGUCAUCAUAUUUCUUGGGUUUACUUGGUGGACAUACUUGAUU